GACUAGCAGCAUUGUGAUGAGGCCAAGGCUGUGGAUAUCCUGCACAUGGACAUCGAGGCACUGAAGAAACUCAACAAGGAUAAGAAACUGGUCAAGAAACUGGCCAAGAAGUGUGAUGCCUUUUUGGCUUCAGAGUCUCUAAUUAAGCAGAUUCCACGAAUCCUGGGUCGCGGCCUGAAUAAGGCCGGCAAAUUCCCUUCCUUGCUGACCCACAGUGAGAAGAUGGUGGCCAAAGUUGAUGAAGUGAAGUCCAAGAUCAUGUUCCAGAUGAAGAAGGUGCUGUGUCUGGCAGUGGCUGUUGGCCACGUGAAGAUGAUAGAUGAUGAGCUUGUGUACAACAUCCACUUAGCUGUCAACUUCCCGGUGUCAUUGCUCAAGAAAAAUUGGCAGAACCUCUGGGCUUUGUACAUUAAGAGCACUAUGGGCAAGCCCCAGUGCCUGUACUAA